AUGCUGUUCUUUGCCUGCUUCUUGCUUUUUGCCGUUGGCGCUCUAGCUGGCGGUAGUUCUUCCCGACCAAGCCCGGACGUUGUGCGCUCGUACCGCAACUUGCACCGCGAGCUGCUUGCGCCCAUCAAUCUUUACAGUCCUCAGCCACAGACAAUCGCACCUCUCGGUCCCCCCUGGAAGGGUCGCAACAAACUUGCAAACAUGCAGAACUACAUCCGAAACGUGUACAACCACGAAGCCUACAUUGACCCCGAAGCAGGCGCUGUUCUGACCCGUCUGCGCGGCAACAUGCAGUGGAUUCUCAACAAUCGCAACCAUCCCCGCAUCGGGGACUACCAACGUAGCCUCGUUGCUGUUAUGGAAGAGGCAAGCGCGCAGGCCAAGCACGAUAUGCAGAAUGGUCUGCACCCGGUCAAUGUACGCGCGCAGCAUCUCGAUCCCAUCCGCUCCCUGUCGAACAAGGUUAGCGGUGUCGUGGACCUCUUCGGCGAAGGUAGAUCCGAACUCAUGAACAGUCACCUCGGACAGGCCGAACGUGAUCGCUUCGCAAACGCUUUCGAAGUGCUCUUUUCCGAGAAACACCUGCUCAGCUCGGCCACCCGACUCGCUACAACCGUCCCUCGUCUCCACUAG